AUGGCACAAGGAGCGAGUUCGAGCCAACCUCUCGAGGAAAAAUGGGCGUACUAUUUGUUGACAGGUUUCAUGACGAAGGAAUGUCGAGAGUUCGUCAUGAGCUCAGACCCGGAGGAAAAGAAGGAGUGGGUUUUUUGGGAAUUCUGCAGACUUUUUGAAGAUCAGUAUGCUAUCGCGAAAAAAAAGUCUUCACUUCCACUUUAAUACGGAAGUACUACUUUAAAAUGGUUCUUAAGGCUGGUUGGAUACGCCAGAGCGAAUAUUCAAACACUCUUGGACAAUAUGGGGAAGAGGCCAAUAGGAGAUGCUGAUAGAGGACAAUUAAUCGCCGAGAUGACGUUCGUUACCCCUGGAAGACAUUUUUGAAUCAUUUUCACAGGUUUUCAAUCGACUUUUGCGACAGGCUCUUGUUCAUGAUCGAUGAGACGGAGGAGUUUUCAGCAGGUUUGAUAGAUCAUCACUCUUUAGCAAGAAUUUUCUGCUUAGAUAUGAUAAAGUCUUACAUGGAUUCCUGUCUCCGAGCCCUGACUAUCCAAGAAAGCGAAGCUAUGUGUAUUAUUUUGAAGGUGAGUUUAGAGUUUUAUUUCGAUAGCUUCACAUUUUUUUCAGCCUUUCAUCAUCAGUUUAACGAUGUGCUUGAAAACAAGGGACUUUGACAGAUACGGAAGAAUCGCAGUGGGCGUCAUUUCUGGUUUGCUUUGUUUCUCCUAAAAAUGUUGAAUUCUGUAGUUCAUCUGCAAGUUCUUCCCUGUAUAAAGUACUUAAAAUCGUAUUUUCGUGCGUUUCUGAAAAAGUCAGAUUACGGCGCGUAGUUUAGCAAUUUUGUUUUCAAACAGUUCUUAAAGCUUUCACCUGAAUCGAUUAUUUUUUUUUUCAGCUGUUUCGAGAGCCAUGGAGUACCGGUGUGCCUUGAAAGCGACAAAAUCAGUCGUCAAACUGUUUCCCGACGAAAUUCGGUUGAAAUUGAAUGGCGACAACCACAGAAUGAACCUGGGCUAUAUAUUUGCCGCUUUGCUGUAAGUUUAGACGAUUUCAAAGCAUUAUUUCUUGUCGAAGUGUUCUUCGAAAAUGUUGAAAAUAAAUCAUCUUUUUUCUUCCUUAAAAAAGCCUUCUUAAAGAGGUUCUGUGAGGAUGAGCGAUGAUCGGCCCAACACCCGGAUUCUUCCCGUCAGAUGGACCCGGAAACAGAAAGAAAUCCUCUACAAGGCCGCCCGAGUCGCCAUCCAAGUCUUCACUCUUCCAGUCCUUGUUGAGGUCGUUCGAUUCUCUAUUUUGUUUUUGAAAACGAAAUCAGACUUCGCAUCAUUUUUUGUAAGAAAUAACUUGAAAGUUUCGAGAGAGAAACGUACAUUGAACUGGGUCAAUAAAUAUUCUGAAUAAGGUUUAAUUUUCAAGAAAUUAGAGGUUAUUAGGAUACUGUUUUUUCUGGAAUUAAUCAACGGGAUGGUGAGACGGGCGGACAUUAUCAAGCCCCAGUUGAAAUUUGGAUGAAACUUUGCUAGAACGCACUUUAGGGAAAAAUUUAGCUUUUUUUUUGUGCGUAUUUUGCAAACUUUUAAGCUUCAUUAAUCUAUAAUAAAAUACACUGCGAGAGACUUUUUUUCCUUUUUCUGGAGUUAGGAGAGGCUAACAAGCAUUUAGCCGAGUUUCAUCAAAAGUUCAACUUGGGUCGAGAAAAUUCCCCUAAUUAGAGAUUAGAAUUCAUAUAAAAAAUUUUUCAAACUACAUCAGAUCUAGCUUAUCUGUGAUUUUUUUCGUCUGAACUUUCCAGUGUUCCUAUUGUAUUGGAGGCCUGCAAGAACUAUAUUUGUUAUCAUAUAAUGUGUUCAGGAAGGCGUCGCGAUACUGCGGGAGAUGAUCGAAGUGCUGGGAGAUGAGACGGUAGCCAUUCAAAGCGCCUUCCUUCUCGUCGACUUCCAAUUGGCCGCUGCCCGACCAAUCAGAGCCAACAAAAGCCUUUCCAAAGAGUUCACAGAAUGCUUCCAGGUUCAGCUAGUGACAAAAAAGUGAAGAAAAUGCAACUAUUACUAUCAGAAUUUUGUCCUCUUUGGUGUACUUUCAAAAAUUAUAAAGAGGAUAUAAUUUUUUCAAUCUUCAGGGCAGGAAUCAGAAAAGUAGUUUGCUUUAAAAUAACUGUGCGAAGUUUUUCUUGCCGUUCACGACUAGGUUUUUGAAAAAUUCGGGAAUUAUAUCUUGAAUUAAAAAAUAAUCUACACGAAACAUCUAUCAAAUAAUUUUCAUAAGUGGAAAUGGUUUUGCCCAAUUUCGCAAUCACUGUCAAUUUCCUGAAUGCGCAUUCACCUUCAAAGAAUCCACACAACAUCUUCACGAAAACGAAUUCUAUUUUCAGGCGAUCAACAACGUUUGCGAGGAGUAUUACACGGGCCAAUAUCAGACAACUGAAGGCUCAGAAACGCUUUUCACUCUUCUCGACCGCAUUUUCACCAUUCUAGACAAUAAUGGUCCGUUUUUACUGCUUUGAGGGAAGGUUUCUUAAGGUUGAGAUAACUUGAUUUAUUUGAAUGCAAUUUUUUAGAUUUUUCUCAAUACUGAAAGCAUUUUUUCCAGAUCUAGCUUGACUGAAUCCCCUGAACGUUCUUUCUUUCCCUUAGUUUUUUUAAUUCUCUUCAUUUUAUCGUUUACAAAAAAAACAUUGUAUUGAUCUUGUUUCACCUUAUUUCAUCUUUAAACUUGUGAUUCCAGCGCAAAAAAUUUUUUUCUAAUUAUAUCAAUAGUGAAUUUUUUUUCUUAUAUUUUUCCCUUGUUUUAAUGGUUCAAGGCUGUGACCAUGCUUUCAUAAAAGACAAUCUUCCCCUAUUUAUGAAAAAAAAACAGAAAUUCUCAACUUACUCUAAUUUUCUUUUCAGAGAAAAAAAAAACAAUUCAAAGUCAAAGAAAAUCAUCGAGGUCUGUAGAAACUUCCCAGACUUUUUAGCCCUUUGAAGAAAUAUUAAUUUUAAAGAGUGAAACUUUCAGUAUCUUUUUUUCUUAUAUUUUUAUUCUUCUUUUUUUAACAUAAAAAAAAUUUCACUUUCAGCUUGAUUCUAAUUCAUUUCCGAUUUCACUACGUUUGUCAAUUUUUCAGAAGAAAAGACAGAGCUGGAGCCGGUCGAAGAGAUGUGGGAAGCGAUGCUGAGUCAGCUGCAAUUUCUGCCGCUUUUCUGCACCGAACACGUCGCUGGGCUGUCAUUGGCCCGAUGGUCGCACUAUUCUCGAAUUUGCAAGGUGCCUCGAGUUGAUGUAAAAAAGAGAGAUCGAGUUGAGAAAUUGGAAAGGAAAAAUAAUCUCAUUCAAAAUUUGCCCCGUUUCAUGAAUCAAAGAAAAACGAAAAAGAUUAGAAUUUAUCCUAAACUUCCAAUCUGAUAGACUCAGGAACGUGAAAUUUAGAAUAUUAUUUCAAUACAUCUGGGAAUAUUCUAUGAAAGAUCUGUUUUCCUCUCGAAUCGCAUGUUUUUCAAGGAUUUGAUCGAGAUCCGACUCGCCAAGUACACAAUGAGCCGAGAAGGCCUGGCGAUGCUCCCUUGUCUGGCGCCAUACGUCGACAUUCUUUUCUACUUCACCGCCCGGAUGAAGUUUCCGAGAUCCGUCUGAAAAUGACUUUUUCUUCCCCUUUUCAGUGUCCCUCCAGAAGAAAUGUCCAAGUGGAUCGAGACGAUAAUCGGCGACGGAAAGUUCCUCCCAGAAAUCGCUCCCGAGCUCUACGAUGCCAGGAUCGAAAGAGCUUUCUUUAUCCGCACGGCGAUGAUGCUCGUUUUCAACAAGUGAGAAACAAUCAUAUACCUUUUUAGAAGGUGUUCUAACAAAAAAGAAUUCAGAAAAAACUUUCAUACUGGUCAUCAAACAAUGGUCGCCAUUUUAGUUAUACCGUUGAGAGAAAGAUCAUUUUACUUUGUCUUUUCGAUUUUCCUGAAAAAAAGGUCAGAUACUUCUUCAUGUACCAGAAGAAAGUUCUAAUAGUCUCAACUUUCUAGUUUUUGAGAAAGGACACCUCAAAAUCUAGGAAACCCUUCAAAAUCCGUUGGAAUGAGCUAUUUCGUCUUUGAGCCCCUAUCGCUCGAAAACAAAGAAUUUAUGCAGGUUGAAACUUUCAGAAUCUUCUACUGAUACAGUUUUUUCGGCCAAGUUUCAGUAAACUAUCAACCGAUAAGUAAAAUGACCUCCCUUGAUAGGAUUUUUAGAAGUUUGCUCUAUCGCGUUCAAAGUAGUUCGGGGAAAUCGAAAUUAGUUCUUUCUUCAAAAUAUCGUUGUUUUUUUCACUCUCUGUUAGUCGUUUAUUCUUUGCCAAAGUUACUUAGGGGUCAUUUUUUUUUAUCAAGUGCAUCAUUUAUCAACGUGGUUUUUUUUUGUCGACAAUCAAACUUUGAAGCUUCUCAUCUACUGAUAACGAUUACGUGGCUACCAAUUUAUCAAUUAGCGGGGUAUCAUCUUGAGAGAGAAGUCCUGGGGAUCAAAUUAAACGGGAAAGAUUCUCAAGUCUAAUCAGAGACAAGUUUCAGAAAACGAGAAAAGUUUCGCUGUCUGUUUAAAAUUAGUUUUCUUCUGUGCAACCCUGGCUGCCAAGUCUGAUUGUUCCAUUUGUAAAUCAAAGAAAAGGCCUUGCUUUUCCCCUUCCUGGAAAGAAACUCUCAGGCUCACUAGGUGUCUCAACAGGUGUCUUAAACCCGUAUUUGUUGAGGCUUUUUGAGUCUCAGUUGUGCGAAAACGGGGAAAAACGGGUACAAGAAAUAAAAUAGGUGACACAGCUAUGUUUAUUUCGAAGUCUGUCCCAAAACGGCGCCUAAACUGUGGUGCAAAAAUGCAAAAUGUCCGCCUAGCUGUGCUUAUACGGGUUUAAUAUGGGAAAAUAUCCCCUUGAUAGUUCGGCUGGUUAAGCCUCAUCAGCAAGAGAGAAAAACCGUGUUCAGAUGCGCUCACCACAUGCGAGCCGACUAUCUCAAGUUGUUCAUGCCGACGCAGCAAACCCUGUGGCAGGUGCCUUUUCCGGAAAAAAAAUGCAACAGUUUGACGCUGUCUUCUUUUCUGCAGAUGAUCACAUCGUGUCGGAGCAGAGCCGAUGUGUCGGACAAGCAAAAGUUGGAACGGAUGAUUUGGUAUUACUACGCCGUGUCGAUCGCCGCGAUAGAGUCUCCAACUGAUCUCCGCGGUUGGGUCACGAUUUUGUCGUUGCCUUGGAUUACUGUGAGUUUCGUCAAGCUUCGGGACUAAAUUGAGUAUUUUUUAUUACAUAAAAACGUUUAAAAAAUCACCCUACAAAAAAGAUCGAAUUUAUUUAAAUCUUAUAAAAAGUACAUCGGUCCAAUUUUUGAGUUUUUGGAGAGUUAAAUUUCUAAAAAAUAACUUUAAUGACAAUUAGUCUAAAACUUUAUUUCGGAAAUUUGGAAAACUCCUUUCCUACGAUAUAUGAAUGUUUUCAGAAAGUGAAAGCGCCUUCUCAAAGUUUCAUCACUGACAUACGGUUUCACAUCGGACCUGACGAGCCGAAGAGCUACAUUCAGUUGACGCGCGAAGCUUUUGUCUUGGACUCAGUCAUGGGUACAGAAUGCCGUAGUUUCGGGUCGUUCACAAGAAAAUCCCAGAUAACUAUGUCCGUUCGUUGACCCUGCAGUCGAUCUGCUUCCUGAACGCGACGACCGACGUCAGAUGGGUCUCCGAAGUCAUCCGAUGCGCCAUCAACGCCAACAAUCGCGAAUACAUCGAGGUGAAUUCUCUUCGAGAAUUUUUCAUCAUAAAUUUCAUUCUUUCGUUAAAAAAAGAAAUCUGCGUUGUAGUCGUUUUUCUGACUUGAAAUGAACUAAUAAUAAGAUUUUUUUUUCCUUUACUUUUUUCUUUUGUUGCCUUGUUCCUUUUAGACCGCCUGGCUUUGAGGAUCGAAGGUUAUCUUCCAGUCGUUUUUUUUAAAGUAGAAUCUGAAACAUCUUAGGUAUCGAAAAUAAUAGAUUGAAAAAUACUUUUGAUUCAAAUUUGAAUUUCAAAAUUGUUAAGACCAUUUUGAUUUGGCAAGUUCAAAUGCCAACUUCAGACGUUGAUCCCCUGUUUGCCGACGUUUGUUCUUCGAAAUCCACAGUACUCGAUUUCCUUCGCCAAGGGCAUCCUGGCACAGGAAUGCGUCCAGAAAGAGUCCGUCUCUGUCCUGGCGUCGUUGACCCUGAUCGCCGACCUUCUGUGCAUCUCCACCGGCAACUGCAGUAUCACGGCCAAGGAGUGCCGUGAAUGCUCCAAAUCGGAUGUUGGUCCAACCUUCCAGUCGAAAACUCAGACUUGCCGUCUUAGGGCUAUGAGAAAAACCAAUUCGCCUCCUUCGACCCGGAGCGACACUUUUCGUUGGAGGAAGUCCGGCCGUUCCUCGCGAGUGUCUUUGAAUGGGCGUAUACCUGCGAGACUGAAGAGUCUUUGCGUAUGUUUGCAGAUGAUUGGAGUUCGAAAAUCCUAAAUUGGUGAUGCGUUAUUGCCUUAUCAAUAGAACACAAUUGUGUUUCCACGUGCCUCGAAUUCUUCAAUUUCCUAGUUUUAUCAAAUAUUUCCCUCAGUUCAGCUAUAUUAUCAGGGCUCGAUACCUCAACAGGAAGUCUUUUUUUGCAGCUGUUGUGCGUUUUCUCCGCGUUCUCUUCAUUCAUUCUUCUCGACCUUCCCUCUUCAGAAUUUGGAAGAUGUCUUAUCAAUUCAUUUUCUCGCCGAAUCCAACUGUCCGUGAGGAAUAUAAGUAGGUUUUUUUGUGUUUUUAGAAUGCUCCGUACUGAGUGAAGUUUUUUUUUUCGAAAAUUCCAUUCCAAAAAAAUGGGAGAAAUGUUUCACACAAACUUUAUCUUUCGAACAUCAAUUCAUUAAAGUUUUUUCCAAGCAUAUUUUGAGUUUAAAAAAAAUUUAGAAAAUUUCGGGCUUCUCCUCACUUUUCGUUUGCAGAAAAAAAAUUUCAAACAUGGACACUUUAUUUUCCUCUCAAAUUUCAUGUUCAGGAGUUUGUUCGAGCUGCUCAUAAAAGACGUGAGCGUCGCUUCGGUUUUGUCUUCCAGCAUCCGGAUGACCUUCGAAUCCACCUACAUCAGACGGCCGGACGUUUUCUUCUUCUUUUUGAACUUCUAAUCAUUUCUCGAUUUUUUAGAAAGAUUCCAUUGAGUUUGCGGCUCCUUUUCUCGAAAUGUUCAUCUGGUCAGAUUAUUUAUUUUCUAAAAGUUUUCAACAAAACUUUUUCAGCGAAGGUUUCGAUCCAGGAAACGCGACCAAGAGCUACAUCCGGAAAUGUAUCGAGUCGAAUCCGGCUGAGAAUGUACGCAUUUCAGUCAAUAUUAUUCAUAAUUAUAGUUACUUCUUUGCGUAUUGUUUCACUUUUUACAAGGGAGGUUAUAUUUUUUCGCGGUUUGGAAUUUCUUAAAAAUUUUUCGGAACUCUCCUUGAUGUACUAGAUAAAGAUCACGAAAGUCUCAAUUUGCACAGUUUUAUAUUUUUUUGAAUCACGACACCUUGAAUUCAAAGAAAUUGUUUAAACUUGAAAUAGGCCAUUUUGGGGCUUUGAGCCUUUAUUUUUCGAAAAUGAAAGAAUUUUGCAGGUGUUUCAGAAUUUACAGACUUAAAAUUUUCAGCAAAAAAAGAAUCAUAAAAAAAAGUUUUAGAAACUUUCAGAAUCGUCUUCUGAAACAUCAAUGAGCUUUUUGGUAAAUUUUCAGGGAAUUGCUAACCGCGAAGUAAAAUGAACUUCCUUGUUAACAAUUUCAAAAAAAAGUUGCUGUGAAUUGAUAAAUUCAAAUUGUUCAGACGUUUUUCCCAACCUGGUUCGACGCGAAGAGUACGCUGGUCAAGAUUUACAAGAUAAAACACCGAUCGGGCGUCCCUCAUCGCCCAUCGGAAACUCGUCGCCGCUGGUUCAUGAGCAAUUGCAGGGUAGUGUUGCAAAUCGACUCUUUCUGUAUGGCUCUCGAUUUGCAGCAAGUCGUGACAGACAUCAUAGCCAUGCUGAGGAACGACCCGGUUUACAUUUCGGCGACCUUCAAGGAUGAGAUCUACUACAAACUCCAAAAGCUCUGCUUCUUGUUCGACUUCAACUCCUUGUACAUGUAAGAGCUUGCAGUAAAAAAAAUGUUAUUCUUGAAAAAAAUGUACUUUAAUGUUGUUUAGAAGAAAUAUGAAAUCAUUUUUAUUUUGAUACUUCAAGUUUUGCACUCCAACAUCUUAGUGAAAUCAAAAAACAUAGAACUAUAAAAAGCUUAUUAUUGGUGCGAAACUUUAAGAAAUUUGAGAAAAUCUACCAAAUUGAACGAAAAACAAGUGUAUCAUCUGAUUAUGGUUCUUUUCCAGGUUUGUCAACGACAUCAAGUAUGUUUUGCUGCCGAGGCUUUUUAUGUGGGCGCCGUUCGACCAAAAUCGAGCCGAGCCCAUUUUGGACUUCAUCAUCGAAACUUUCCUCACGACACACGCCGAACGGACAGAGAGUCACUUGAGGGCUUUGCGGCAAAAAUACGUUCUGGAGGCUCGUGAAAAUUGAUUUGAGAAAUUUCGAAACCGGAAAGCUUUGGAGAGAGAAAGGCCAACUGAAAGAGGAAAAGACUCACCGCGAGAAGUUGGAAGAAAUUCUUACAUAAGUCAAAAAAAGGAUCCAUGUUUUUGUGUUGAAAUGUUGAAUUUCUUCCUUCUAAUUAAGACUAGAGACAGGAACUUUGUCAUAAAAGGCUAUUCAAAUCAAGCGGUUGGGAAAAUAAUGUCAUUGGUUUGGUCAAACGUUUCUGCUGUAUUUUUGAACUUUCUCGAAAAGGAUAAAUCGUGCAGACGAUGGAUCUUUGUCUUUUGAUUCUUUUAGGCCACCACCUUCAAAUCCCACCAAAUUAUUCAAUCAAAAUUAUUACCAGAUGAAGGCAUAUUUUGAGACCAAAGAUGUGACCCAGAAAUGUUUACUACUAAAAUAUUGAAACUUCAUAUUUUUUUUGUUAAGAAGUUGUUUCAGUGCUUCCCACGCAUGUUCGAAGUUCUGUACGAGGUGCCGCCGGACAAGUUCAUCGACGACUUUUUCCGCAGCUAUUGCGACAUCUCAUUGGUCAGAAGCGAAUCUUCGAAUUUCAAAUAACCGGCUUUUUCGCAGGAUAAAGCUCUUGCGUUUCGUCGGAAGGAAGUCAUGACUGUGGGCCUGCUGCACGCUUCUUUCGUUUUCUUCGACAAGGUCUUUAGAGUGAGAAGAACAGAUAGAAAUGAAGAUUCAACAGGACACGUACUGGCUCUCGCUGAUGAUGAUGUCCAUCUACAGGUCCAAAUGCCAGUCCGGCUUCGAAAUGAUGGAGAUUUUCCGCUACAAGUGAAUGAACACGUUUGAGCCUGUGAAUAGUGUUCUUCCAGAAACGAAGGAAUGGAUUACUUCCUGGAGUUCCGACGCUCUUUUUUGGCUGACGACAAGCUCGAAGUCAGAUGCGAGAUCGCCAAAUCGCUCAGCUUUCUCCUGCAAGUUUUCGACGAAAAGUUCCUGGAGGAAGUUUUUUGCCUUUUCGUUUCGAAGUUCUCAAUAAGGCUCCUCGCAGUCCCUCUGGAUUGUUCUGUCAGUCCUCCGGACAGCGCCGGCCGAAUCCAAAUUCGUUCUCGAGAUCUACACUUUGAUCCUGGAUAAUAUAUCCCUAGAGUUUGUUCUUUCUUUCAUUUCCGGGUCAAUCCUUCGUCUAGGACGCUCCAAGCGUACAUUAUGCGAAUUUUGAUCGAUUUGGAACGACUCGGGAAUGGGGCAGACCCACGGUACAACAUCAUUUUGCAGCGUUUCGAAUCCCUGAUUUAUCCUGUCGAAACGUUUGACGAGUUGUUUUAUCAGCUCAUUUGAAGGUUCUUACAGGACGCCUGAAUUGAAGAAAAUCGCGUGGCCCAUGAUUUCGGCGGCGACUGACAAGAUGCUCAGCGAAAAACACACUUCCUACUCUCCCCUCGAUUUUUCAACUGGUUAUUAUUUAUUUGUUUGAUUGGAAAAAGUGACGAUAGGAAUUGACUUCAAAAAAAAAUAAAUAUAGUGUUGAUUUAGAAAUGCUUCUGCGUUUUUCUAACACCAAAAAGUCAUUUAGAACCGACUUCCUCGAAAAUUGAAAAAAAAAAUCCACGGAGUCUUUUUUAGGUUUUGUGAACACAUUUUUUCUUUUGAUGAAGUAUUUACAGUCCAUAAUUUAAAAUUUCAUUAUUGGGAAAAACCUUGGAGUUACCUUUCAAGAUGCAAAGAAUGACAAUGGGGCUCAGAUAAAUUUUACUAAAUUUUCAGAUUUCCAUAGAGAUUGACCUUGAAUUCAAAAAGAAAAAAUUUAGACUUUAUUGAAGCAAAAAACUCAGUUCAACGUGUUGUAUAGUUUGUGUACCACGACUUGGAAUUUCACCAAACGAUAUUCCGCUGUGCCACCUUGGUCUUGCGACCUUUGCGAGCCUUGGUCGCGCUUUUUAUUAUUUUUUUUCUUUUACUAUGGUACUCUACUUUCACAGCAAUAACAAUGAAAUCGUGACCUAGAUUCGAAAAACGCUUCGCGAACGCACGCAGCGGAACAGCGGAAUGUCGUUCGGUGAAAUUUCAAAUCGUGACACACAGAAUAUAUGAAUUCAUAGCAAAAGUGUUCCUCUGCAACUGAUGUCAGUUAUUUGAUCAUUUUUCAGGGCUGGACUUACUGAGAAACUAUUCGAGGCUACCGGUAAAGAGUCUGGGAAUCCGAAUGAGAGAGUACAACGAAAAAGAGAUUUACACGAAAAAGCAGACGGUCCAAUUGGUCGGUUUCAUCCGGAAAAUCAUCUUUAAAUGAAUUAUUUCCAGACAAAAGCGAUUCUACCUCUUGUAAAUCAAAACCUGGGGAGGGAGAUGAACGCAGUCAGACUUAUUCCCGAAUUCGGCAUUUUGGACCCGGAAGAGGUGAUUCGGAAAAUUGUAUUUCAUUCAAACCUCUGAAUCUCAGAUCGAUCUGGACUAUGUACGCUGGGACAGGAAACACGAGGAAUAUUACGUGAAUCCGUCAAAGGUGAAAGAUUAUUAUUUUUUGAAGAGUUUUUUUGUACUUAUCGUUUCAAAACAGAAAAGAGUUUACAAAAAAGCAAAAAAAAAGAAUGAAAAAGACGUUAAAAAGAUGUCGUAAAUAAUAACUUUUGAGUUGUUUAUUCUCACCUUUCUUCAGCACCUUUUGCCCCCUUUUUUUUAUUCACAAGAAAUUUCUUAUGUGGGCCAUCUUUUGCCCUUUUUUCUCGAAACGUCCACCAACUGAACGAUAUUUGAGAUGAACGACGGCGUCUUCAUGGAAAUCGCGAUUUUCGCCGAGAACUACACGGUUUCUCCGACGACGGACGCCUACGAGUACCUGGAAAAAGUCCUCUACGAUCUGCACGCUUCUCCUCGGAAUAUCAAAACUUUGGACACGUUGUUCCCUGGUCUUUUUCUUUGAAACGGGAAGUUCUUGUUCAGAUUGGACAGGAAGAUGUUGGAAGGUUUGAAGCUGUGCUACGGACGAAGUUCCAAGAGGAAAGAUCUGCCGAUGGUUGUGGUGAACAGGUGAACAGAAAUAUUGAACUGGCUUUGUAAAUACAAAUGUGAAACCCUCAAAAAAUUUUAAAAUAGGAGUUUCGAAAUUGUUUUUUUCUUAGGUUUUUUUAUUUUUGAACAGAUCAAAAAAAUUUUUAAUAGAAACUUAGAAGAUUAAAAGUUAGAUUAAGUCUAUUUUUGGAAAUCUUGACGAAAAAAAAGGGGGUUUUCUAUUUUCGAAGUCCAUAGACUUUUGAAAGUGUUUCCUUGGAUUUUAAAGAAAAUUAGACACUACGAUCUCUCAAUAAUCGUCGGUUCUUUUCAAAAAUAAGACUUUCAGGCCAUUUAUUGAAUACGUCAGAGACUAUUACACUUGGAUGCUGCAAAUCUUCAUGUUCUGUAUUCGCGAUGUUAGUUUUUCUAGUUUUGAAAACAUUCCUAAUUUUUAUUGAGAACAUUUUUGACUUCUUAAUUAAUUAUUAUUUAUCUUUCAGUGCGACACGGCAAUGCUUCCAUUGCGGUGCGUGCCAUACAUCUACGACAUUUAUUUGUGUGCGAAACUUUUGCCCAAAGUCGUCCUCCACUACAUUUCGACAAGGCCUGAAAAGGAUCAUGCCUCGGUGGGGUUUCCCGAGUAAAGUGUGAAUAAAAUUGGAAAUUAUAGUUGAUCGACGAGUUCCGCUGUCUGCUGAAAAGGGCGAUCUAUCCAGUUGCCUCGAAAUGGAUCACGACUUAUGCCGUCCAGUCGAUCUUCUAUCUUUUCGACUACUUACAGUGGGCCGUUCGGCCUGGGUGUUUGGAGAAGAAUGAAGAAGUGAGAGGAAAAAACUUGAUAAAUUGAAAUUUCAGCAACGAAAGGGAAACUAAUGACUUUUUUAGGACUCGGAAACUUAAAAGGAAACAAAAAAUUGAAAAUCAAAAACUUUCAAAACAAAGUUGAAAUAGCCCAAAUAAUUAUUGAAAUACUAAAUAAUUUUUUCCAUGUAUGAAGUUCCUGCGCAAGAGGUUCAAGCUCAAAAUCAGAGAAAAAGAUUGAUAGAUCGAACAUAGAAAUGCCCUUAUUGUAGCUGAUCAAACGGAUAAAGUCGUUCACGAUGAAAAUGCUGGAAAUGAUGGACGACAACGGCAUUCCGUUGUUGCCGGUUGUCGCAGACGGCGUUGGCCAGGAACAUCGCUCAAUCCAAUGGUGAAUUUCGUCUUUUGAACGACAUUUCUAAGGUUUCAUGUUUUGAGGCUGGAGUUGUACAUGGAGAACAGGGAGAUCGAUCGCAAGCAGAAGACCAUUUUCUACUUUCUCAUUCAGGUUUUUUUUUGGUGAUUUUCCGAAUUCAUCUAUAAUUCCUUUCAUUCAUUUCUACAAUAUAGUUCUUUGCUAAAAAAGACCAGAUUUAUUUGAUUUUUUAUCAACUAAGCUGACUGCUAUGGUCAUAAAUUUCAAGGAAACAAAAAAAAAACUACCUUUUUUUUACAAUAAUUGGAAAAUAAGAUCUCAAAUUUUUCCGUGCAAGUUUUGCAUUCAGAAGUACUACACGCGCGUGGCGGAUCUCAACGGCUGCCGUGGCGCCGCGACGUGUCUCAUGCAGGUGGAGCCGGACCACAUCCCCGGCAAAAUCCUGCUCGCCGAGUUCCGAGGCGACGUCGGCAUCGCGAGGUCUCUCUACAAACUCGACGACACCAUCACCGUUGCCUCGGUUUCAAUCGUCUUCUCGUUCUGUAAUCAGGAGGUAUUCAGAAUCAAGAAGCUUUGGACAGACUCUCGGCCACUUUCAACGCCCUCAUGCUCCAAGACGCUGAUCAAGGUAAGUGUCUCGUAAUUUGGAGUUAAUAAGAUCCGGAAAAAGACACCCAAGAAGAAAAGGACGCGAAACUGAAGGCCUUCAACGUGCUCCGAGAAUGCGAAAAGAGAAACCUCGAUGCUGUGGGUUUUUUUAUAUUUUAAAUUCGGAAAGUUUUCUUACAACUGGGUUUCAUCGAAUGAGAAAAGACGGGUUUAAAAAAGUUGAAAAAAGUACCCAUAAAAUUGCAUACAUGUACUGAACUUUGUGUAUCACAACGUUCAUAAAAUUUGAAACUUAUAAAAAAUUGAGCCAGCUGUUGUUCAUGUUUUUUUUUGAGAGGAUCGAGAUCAUUGAAGCAAAAUGUUUUUUUUUUCAGCGGAAAUUUGACCAAAAGAAGACAUUGAUGCACAAUGUGAACUCCCGGAAGGAUUGGACUCGAUUCGCUGAUCUCGCUCUUAUGUAUUCCAACUUCCAGUCGAGAAGAAUAGACUUGAUGAAGAUGGCUGCGAAUCAAGCGAGGUGAUCAUCAAAUUUUCAUCAGUUUUGACAUGGAAUUUCAUUUUGAGAGUGGUAUUUUGCCUCAUGAGAGUGCUUCAGUUGCUUCAAUCAACUUUCUUCUUUCUUUUUGAGCUUUGAGUGGAAUUGGAAAAUUUGAGCUUGUUUUUCUUAAUUUUCGAUUCAAAAUGCAAGCUCGAACAAUUUUUAUUGCACAAUUUAAAUGAUAGAACUAUCAAGAGCGUUCUAAUGAUGUUAGAGCUUUCUUCUAGAAAUUUCGGAAACUUUAUAUAUUCUAAGAUAAAUGUUGUAGAGAAUCGAUUCUGGAUGAAAUGAAAACGGCCGUUCUCAUCGGUUCUCCCUCCUACGCCACAAUUUUGCCCAUGAUUGUCGCGUAAGUUGUCGAAAAAGCUGGCGAAAAAAGAUCGGGACAUUUGAAGACACAACGUCGUGUCGAACGCCGAGGACAUCCUCGAAUCUGACCAAUCCGAACUCACAAACGCCAAAUCUGAUAUGUGGAAACGGAUCGUGGCACGUUUUUUCUCAUUUUUCAUGAUUCCAAGAUUUCUCUACCAGUUUAACGGACAUAGUCCUGAAGGACCUAAAUAGAAGCUUUUAAAAAAAAAGAAAUUUCAAAAGCCCUUACAGGUUUCUGUCUGUUGACCUUUUUUAAAAAAAGCCUUUUAGAAGAAAAAAAAGAAGACGGGAAAAAGGAGAUUCAGAGAAACUUUUGGCACUAAGGAAUUGAAAAAAGAGCUCCAGACUUUUCUCUUUGAAGCCUUUUUGAGUCCGUUUGGACACUGCCCGUGGUAUGAAAAGUUUGCAGAAGAAGUCGGAAAUUUGAAAAUUUUGCAUUUUGAUUCAUCUUUCUUGCUCAAACUUAAUUUCGGUCGCUCAUAUUCUUUUUCCCAGCAAGAGCAAAAAAAGUACACCAAAAAAAAGUUGUUUAGCCGUUUCAAAGGACUUUUUCAAAACAGAACAAGCGAUGUUUCUUUUUCAUUAAGUACUUCAGUCCCAAGCUCCUUUUUCUGCAAUUUUCGAAAUAAUUUUCAGAAGCGUUCAUUGAGGUCGAAUCACAACAUUGAGAUCGACGACCACGUCAAUCGAUGCCGAAGGACAGUUCUGAGCAUCCGAAGAGACCAGACGCCUUCAGCCGACUACCGCCUCGACAGGGCCGUCGCCGAAUGUUAUCUUGAGGUUCUUGGCGUCAAGAGUGAACUCCAUCCUUGAAGUUUUCCAGAGCGCCAAGAUCUGGAGAACCGCUGGAUGUUACGAAAGAGCCUUUUUGUUGAUGAGCAACGCGCAGAGACUCGUUCCCUACUGCAAUCAGCUGACCAUCGAAGAGGCCAAACUCGAGUUGCAGCAGGUCUGUUGGACGAAAUAUCCUUUAUAUUAUAUUAUUGUGAGAAUAAAUCGUACUUCAUUAAAAUAUUGAAAUUUUUUUGAAACUUGGAGUUUUUGAAAAGGUUCGAUAAGAAUCGUUUGUAGGACAACUUCAAGAAAGGACUGACGGCCAUCGAGCGCAUCUUGGAAACGAACUUCAGCCCGGUGCUGGAGAAGUUCCGCAAGAUGAGAGACGUCAACAAAAAAACAGAAGCACGGGCCGCACUUCAGAAGAUUCCCCACAUCGAACAGUCUCUUUUCACUUCGGUAUUCUAAAUUAUUUUUUAAUUUCGGAAUAUUCUAUUUGAUAUCUUUUUAGCUUCAAAAGCUGCGAAUCGGCCACAUCAUCAAGUCGGGAGAAGCGACGACGUUCGACCAGAUCCGAGAAGACACCGCCCACUUGUUGUACGCAUUCGCGCCCCACGGAGAGAUGUACGACGUCGUCUGGUACCUCGAUUUCCUUGUCCACGGCAUGGCUCCGGUUGCGUGGCUACUCCCGAAUUUUCAUGUAGAUUCCGGAGUUCAGAACCGACCGGAGAGCUGUUUGGCCCUUAUGAGAGGCUACCGAGAUGUGGCGAAACACGAGAGGAACCAGGAGUUUGCUGACCAGGCCGUCACGCGUCUGAUAUCUAUUUGGCUAACCGUCACCAAUAACGUGGUAAGUGUAUUCGCAGGAAAUUUCGCCGAAAUCUUCCAAAUUUAUGCUAAUUCUGACCCUAACAUUGAAAAAUGAGCUCGAAAAAAUUUGAACUUUUUAUUGAAUUUAUCGUUCUUCCUUCAUUGUGUCUUGAGUGAAUUUUGAGCAAGGACUCUUCGCGCCUCGAGUGUUCACUGUAGGGUUAAUACAGUCGACACCUAACCCUAUUAUUAUCAGGGCUGGAAAAAGUUGUUGAAAACGUCAUUAACUUCGGAAAUUUCACUCGAACGACGUUGAGAAAUGACAGAAACUUUUUCGGAUCGCUCAGCUGUCUGUUUUUCUGAGACACUUUUUUUCUCUGAGAAUCAUCAAAAAUAAUUUAGUUAAGCUUCGUUUUACUCUUGUAAUAGCUCAUCAGAUCACAUUGCUAAGUUUCAUUUUGGUACGAUUCAGAAGCUGCAAAUGGACGAGAAGAAGAACUCGGCGACGUCGAACAACUACCAAACGCAGAUGAGAACUUUAGACGCCCAGAUUUCGGAGGCCGUCAAGGAACUCGGUUGGCGAGUUCUCUACGCUGCUUUCCCCACUCUCGUCCACAUGAUCGACCAUCGCGACGACGAAGUCUUCAACAUCAUCAAGGUUCUUCGAGAGACGAAUAAAGUUCAUCAUUCCCCUUCAAUUUCAGCACAUGAUGGUGCAGUUGAUCAUCCGUUACCCUCACGUUUGUCUUUGGCAAUCCAUCCAUCUGCUCAGAGGAAAUGAACAACUCAAAACGGAAAGGUUCAGUUCGAUCCGCUUCAGGUUCUUAGGAAAGAGGUUCAGAUACAAGGCAGUUUUGGACGUUGUGAAACGGAAAAGCGAGCUGUACAAAGCCAUCGUCGAGCAAUACGACUUCUCGGCUCGGGUUUUCUUGGAGUGAGUUUUUUUUACUUGAGAAAUGCUUAAAAAUUUUGAAUCAGCUUCCAAUCGGAUGGAAUUUUUUAGCCAAAGGUCCAUGUGAACGUAAAAAGCUGAUGAUCUGAGGAAAGAGAAUUUAAAAAAAAUGAUGGUUUGUUUGAAAGAGAUUAAUCAAUACGUUAACUUGAAAGAUAUCCUCGACCCUCAAAAUUUUAAUUUUACUGUCUAUAUAUUCUUAAAUUUGUUUUUGUUUAGAUCACCAAUUUUGCAAUGAGGUUUGAAAAGUUACUAAAUUAUGGAGAAGUAUGUGUAAUAAAUGAAAAAGGUUAUUUCCGUGCUUUAAUUUCAAAAUAUUUUACUCACUUUUUAUUUAGUUUGGGAGGAUGUGGGGAAUGAUUUAAUUCUUGAAAAACGAGUAUUUUUUAGCGUCGGCGAGAAGAGAAAAACGAAUGAGGAGCCUCUUUCGAAAAGAUUCCCUCAACUGCAGACCCUCAUCCGAGACAAGAAGUACGAUCCAGCGCAUAUUGGUAUUUCAAACCAGAAAUCUGAGUCAAACGAUGUCUUUCUACAGAGUACGGCCGAAGGAAAGAACACGAUCGACCGAGUGUUCGAUUCGGAAUCAUGAUUCCGAUCAAGUCCUACAUGGACAGCUCCGUUAAUGCUUCUGACAUGGUUCCAUAGGCUCAAGCUCCAAGAAAUUACUUGUCACUCUUUAGUCACUGAAAAACGAUUCCCUCACUGAAAACGAGUACACCCACGCCUGCAACCUCCAUGAUGCCUACCGUAUCCAUCAGUUUGAAGAAAAGUUCACGGUAAUAUUUUAAAUGGUUGAUUCGAAACAACGGAAGAAACCAAUUUUAAGGUCUUGUCUUCGAAAACCGCACCGAAAGUCGUGGAAUUCCGGCUGGGAACUGGCGAAUCUGUGAAGAUAAUGUUCAAGGGCGAAGAUGAUUUGACCAAAGAUUUCCAAUUCAUGAACCUCAUGAAUGUUAGUUUUGAAUAGACAUUACUGAAGGAAUGAAAGAAAAAAAAGGAAAAAGUGAGAGAAAGGCAGAAGGAAUAGUAUGGUAAUUUUAUUGAAGCAAAAAACGUGUUUUUUAAGUUUCUUAAAUUUAUAAAUGGCAAAAAAAUCUCAAAAAAAAAAUGGUCGAAACUAAAACGUUUUCCAGCUGUGCAACAUGUUGCUGAAGAACGACGAAAGAACUCAAUUGCUGCGUUUGACAACGAGAUCUUACAGUGUCAUUCCAUUGGCGGUAACAUCAAAAACUGAAGAAAACUUCAAAAAUUGGGGAAAUUCAGAAGUUUGGUGGCGUGAUCGAAUUUGUUCCCGGCCUGAACAAUCUGAUGGGCGUCCUGGAGCCUUACCUCAAGUUGACCAAGGAAAUCAUGUCUUUCUGGUUGGUGUUCAUCAAGUAGAACUGCGAAUAAUAUCAUCCAAGGGGUAAAAAAUGGGGCGAACUGUCUCUGGACCGAAAGAAGGACUUCUACCGCGACGUUUGCUGCAAGGAGAUCCCAUUGGUCAUGGCUCGUUGGUUCAGGUUCUUUAGAUCUUGGUGCUCUCCAUUUGGAAUAGUGUCUUUUUAGAGACACCUAUCCAGAGCCCGGAAAAUGGUUCUACUCCAGGAAAAAGUUUGCCAAGAGUGCGGCUGUCAUGUCCAUGAUCGGCUUCAUUUUCGGACUUGGUCAGCUUUUUUCGUGUCUUUCUUGUGAAAACCAGCGUUCAGGUGAUCGACAUGCGAGAAACCUGAUGAUCGAUGCUCGCAACGGAAUGGUGGUCCACGUGGACUUCGACUCGAUUUUCAACGUCGCCGACUUCACGCAAAUUGCUGAGGUAUUCACGAAAAAAAGAGAAAUUUUUCGUCAAAAUUUAAAAACUUGAAUAUUGAGAUGCUUCAUAGCGCUUACUGAUAUCGACCUGAAAAAUUUUUUGCCUUCGAAGGAUGCGCUGUUUUUGACACACCUAAUUUUGGCGGUUCAAUUUAUGUCGGAGAGGGGUUAUAAGUAGGGUCAAAGGCAAAAGUUGCGGAAUUUUCUUAUUCGGCAGUGAACAAGGCAACAAAAAUCUUGAAAACGCGUCUAUUUGGACUUCCCUUGUAAGCUUAGAAGGCGCAGAAAUAACCCUAUCUCGAAUUGAUCACUAAAAAAUCUCAGCCGGUGCCCUUCCGACUAACACGCAACAUGAUCGACGGAAUGAGCCGCGUCGGACUCGAAGGCGAGUUCCGCACUGUCUGUGAACAGACCCUGCUUGUGCUCCGCGAGCACAGCUACCGGAUCGACAAGGUUUCUCUGCGUCUCCAGCUUUCAUCUAGUCUAUCUUUCAGUCGAUGUCGCUGCUGCCGGAUUUGGUCAGUGGUCCGUCGCUGGACAGCUGCCUCAAGCGAAUCAAGGUAAUUGAUACUGAAAAUGACAAUGCUGCCGUUUUUUUUUCAAAAUCAGAAUUCUUCCAUAUAUUUUUCAGGUUUAUCAUAUAAUAGAUCAAAAUUUUGCUUAGUUUCAAAAACUUCCAACGUAAAAAAACCUGGAGAUAAUAACUUACUUUCAGUCGGAACGAGGCAAAGACAUCUCGUACAAAAUGAAAAACGCCAUUCAUCUGGUGAAUGUCCGACUGGCCGGCAACAUCGUCUCGCCUCUCGUCAGUCCUUCAGAACUUCUUCUCUUUCUCAACUUCAUCAUUCAGGUCUAUCGGGAAGUUCCCCUGGCGAACAAGAUGAGCGUGGAGCAGCAGGUGGCCACUUUGAUCGACAUAGCCACCAAUGAAGACCGGCUCGCCGAGAUGUACAUCGGCUGGCUGGCGGCUCUCUGA